CCUGACCAUCACCGCCUCCUCCCAUGUCCCAUCGGCCCUUUCCCGCCCAAAUGCCGCCGCCGCAGGAGGAGGCCUCCGACGACGAUGGCGGAGAGACGCAAGUGCGUGAGCUCGCGAGCUUCCUCCGCAAAUUCUAUUCCGACGACCUCCGCAUCCUCCUCGACGCCGAGCCCACCGAGCACUUCCCCCUCGUCGUUGAAUUCGCCGAGCUCAUGGACUUCGACCCCAAGUUCGCCAACGAACUCUACUCCCGUCCUGGCAAGCCCCUCCGCGUCCUCGACAGGGCCGCUCAAUGCGCCCAGCGUGAGAUGAUUGAGGAAUCGGGUAAUUUGAAGACCGAAGCGCAUGAGUUCGUGCACGUACGCAUCGACGUCUCCGGAUCGCCACUAGAGUUCCCUGAGGCGUCCCCGAGUAUUGGGAAGGUGAAGGUAAAGCACAUGGGGACUUUGCUCACUCUGAAAGGGACUGUGAUCAGAUCAGGUGGUGUCAAGAUGAUAGAGUACGAGAGGGAUUACAUGUGCAGGAAGUGCAAGUACAGGUUCAAGGUUUAUCCUGAUAUGGAGGCUGGGAAUCGUAUAAACCUUCCUGCAUCUUGCCCAUCCAAGAGUUCAAGAGGUUGUGCAAGUGCUUCUUUCCAGUUUAUAGAAGAUAGCAUAAUCUGCCAUGAUUAUCAAGAAAUAAAGAUCCAAGAAAAUGUACAACUUCUGGGUGUUGGGUCUAUACCCCGUUCAAUGCCUGUAAUCUUGAUGGAUGACCUUGUAGAUAUCGUUAAAGCUGGAGAUGAUGUCAUUGUUACGGGUAUAUUAUCUGCCAAGUGGUCUCCUGAUAUUAAGGAUGUGCGUUCCAACCUUGAUCCUAUGUUGGUUGCUAAUUAUGUGAGGGGAACAAAUGAGCUGAAGUCUGAUAUAGAAAUCCCUGAUGAAACUAUCAAGGAGUUUGAGCAUUUCUGGGAAGAGCACAAAGAUACUCCCCUAAAAGGAAGAAAUUUAAUCUUGAAAGGCAUAUGUCCUCAAAUUUUUGGGCUAUUCACGGUGAAGCUUGCAGUUGCUCUUACAUUAAUUGGUGGAGUGCAGCAUGUUGAUGCUUCUGGAACAAAGGUUCGCGGAGAACCACAUAUGCUUCUUGUUGGUGAUCCAGGUACUGGUAAAUCCCAGUUUUUGAAGUUUGCUGCUAAAUUGAGCAACCGUUCUGUGAUAACAACUGGUUUUGGAAGCACCAGUGCUGGGUUAACUGUCACAGCUGUCAAGGAUGGAGGGGAGUGGAUGCUUGAGGCUGGUGCUCUUGUUCUGGCUGAUGGUGGUUUAUGCUGCAUAGAUGAAUUUGACAGCAUGCGAGAGCAUGACAGAACAACAAUACAUGAAGCCAUGGAGCAACAAACAUUAAGCAUUGCAAAGGCUGGACUAGUGACAACACUCAGUACAAGGACUACUGUCUUUGGUGCCACGAAUCCAAAAGGGCAAUACGAUUCUAAUGAAUGCUUAUCUGUGAAUACAACACUUUCAGGACCACUGUUGAGUAGAUUUGAUAUAGUUCUUGUUCUCUUGGAUAGAAAGAUCGCUGAAUGGGAUAAGAUAGUUUCACUCCAUAUACUAAAUGAGCACUCGGAUGAAAAGAAAGACAAGACAAAUGAUUCUGAACUAAAGUGGACGCUCCCCCAGUUGAGAAGGUAUAUCAAUCAUGUAAAGAAACGAUUUAAACCAGUGCUGACAAAGGAGGCAGAAAGAGUUAUCUCAAGCUAUUAUCAUCGGCAGCGACAGUCAGGAACACAGAAUGCAGCAAGGACUACUGUGCGCAUGCUUGAAAGUUUGAUAAGGCUAGCACAAGCGCAUGCAAGACUAAUGUUCAGAAAUGAGGUUGAACAACUUGACGCUAUUGCUGCCAUAUUAUGCAUUGAAUCUUCCAAGACAACAUCUGCAAUAGUAGACAGUGCUGGAGAUGCUUUGCACUCUAUUUUUACUGAUAACCCUGAUGAGGAAUAUAACACACAGGCGAAGAUAAUCCUUAUGGAGCUUGGACUAGUUAAAGGCUCCCCAUUAUCCUAGCACAUAAUAUCAGAUGUUGCGACCUGAAGAUUUAUAAGUGUACUUCAGGCUUCCGAUCUGCAAUUCUGCACAGCGAAUCAGUCAUACGCUAAGGGUGUGGCGGAAUGAGGUCUACCUUUGCAGUUCACGAUGUAUUUACUUCUUAUGUGCAUGCGUUUUAUCCAAUUUUUGCAAUUUGUACCAGACAGGAUUCGUAACUUGUAAUGCGCAUUUAUUUGCCACUCUGAGGACUAUCUUCUGGCGGCAUCUUCCAGUUCAAAUUGCAAGAAAUUAACACACUGAAAUGAGUCUUUUAGCGUUGUCUUC